AUGGCAAUAGUCGGCCUUAAUCCAACUCUUGCGCUAUAUAGGCGAACAGUGAUUGCCUUGAAAACCAAAUUUAGAGGCGACAACAGGACUUAUAAGCAAUUCAAGAAUUCGUUAAAAGAGCAGAUUUUGCAGCGAAAAAACGAGACUGAUCAGAUCAAGAUUUCACAAUUUGUUUUCGAGUUUGACAUCGCAAGAGAGUGGAUCACUACUGAAGUGGUAAGGGCUGAUUUAAAAGAUGAUGGACAAUACAAGCUUAAAAUCAACAAAAAUCAGCUCCAAAGUGUCAAUCUAAAACCAGUCAGGCAUCCAGAGUAUUUUGAAUUUGCUCUACCUCAAAAUUUAAUAUAUAAGAGUUAG